AUGUCAUGUUCCUGUCAUCUGCCAAACACAAAAGUAGCGUCUGAAAAUUUUUCUUCAUGAAAAAUAUUUAAUUUUUCUUUAAUUUAUAAAUAAAAUAGAAAAACAUUAAUUUUAAACUAGUUUAAGGUUUAAAAAACAAUCUACCAAAAUGACUACCGAUGUCCGUGAUAUUCUGGACAUGGACCGAGCGAAUACUCCCGAAGUAACUCGGGAUUCAUUUCUCGCUACCAAAAAAAGGAACUUUGAAAAAGUAAAAACAAGUAAACGCCCCGAGGGAAUGCAUAGAGAAGUAUUUGCAUUGCUUUAUAAUGAUAACAAAGAUGCUCCGCCACUUUUACCAACUGACACUGCUCUUGGUAUUGGUUCUGGUUAUAAACAAGCCAAAGCCCGUUUGGGAAUGCGACAAGUUCGCAAAUGGGAAUGGGCACCAUUUAGCAAUCCAGCUCGAACCGAUGGAGCUGUAUUUCAUCAUUGGAAACGUCAAUCUGACGAUGCUCGAGAAUAUCCUUUUGCCAAGUUUAAUAAACAACUCCAAAUCCCUGUUUACACUGUCAGCGAGUACAACACUCAUCUUCGUUCGCAGCCAAAUAAAUGGACAAAAGCACAAACUGAUCAUUUGUUUGAGUUGGCAAAGAGAUUUGAUUUGCGUUUUAUCAUUAUGGCCGAUCGUUGGGAUCAUGUUAGCUUUGGUAUGAAGACUGUUGAGGAUCUUAAAGAGCGUUAUUAUGAAGUUGUUGGGCUUUUGACUAAGGCCAAGGGUACAAAUAGUGACAAGAAAGCUUAUGUUUUCGAUGCCGAUCAUGAGCGCAAAAGGAAAGAACAACUCAAGAAGUUAUUUGAAAGAACCACAAAGCAAGUGGAAGAAGAGCAAAUGUUGUUGAAUGAAUUGAAGAAAAUCGAGGCUAGGAAGAAGGAACGAGAGAGGAAGACACAGGAUCUUCAGAAGCUUAUUUCACAAGCUGAUCAGCAAAGUGAAACCACAUUGACAGACAAAGCGACCAAGAAACAUGAGAAGAAGCUUUAUAAAAAGAAGAUUCACCAUCAACCCAGACCAUCGAAAGUGGACUCGGUUGUAAAUGCAAUUGAAAUCGGUGGCAGUGGCAUUAAGUUUUCCGAUUUGCGUGGCUCUGGAGUUUCCUUACGUUCGCAGAAGAUGAAACUUCCAGCAAAUAUUGGGCAGAGGAAAGUCAAAGCAUUAGAAACUGCUAUUCAAGAGUUUAAAGUUGAUCCUGCUCCUCCACCAACUGAAGAUAUUUGCAACAGCUUCAAUGAAUUGCGAUCUGAUAUGGUGCUUUUGUGUGAGUUGAGAACAGCAUUGGCAACUUGUGUUUAUGAAUUGGAAAGUUUAAAGCAUCAAUAUGAGGCAGCUUGUCCUGGAAAGACUUUGAAUAUUCCCGCCGUAUUGAUUCCACCAGAUAAUUCAUCUCAAGGAGAAAAUUCAACCGAUGGAAUUAGUUUAAGUGGAGCAUAAAGUUUUUUUUAAGAAUCAAUAAAAUUAAUAUUAAUUAUAUAAAAAUAAUAGAAAUUAAAGUUCAAUAAAUUCAUUGGCAUUCGA